CUCUUCUAUUUUACACAGCUACAACUAUUACAGUUGCAUAGUAUUGAAAUUUAAAAAAGGAAAAAAAAUAAUUCCAGCAAUCAUGACGCAUACGCCGUGGAUCACUGCAGAACCAGAUCCAGAGGCAAUUAGAAGAUUAGUAGAGCAGUCCUUUGACGAUCGUCAAACUGUUGCACCGGAUUUAGAAGCAUUACAACGCAGCAAUGACGCUACCCGCAGAUCGACAAUGGCUGCGACUACACCAAAUGAUCUUGCCAACACUCAUACAACUCUGUCACCGAACAAUAUAAACGAUAAUCAUGCUCCUCCAACCCUAAUCACGCAACUCCCAAUACCUCUUCCAGCCAUACAAUUAACUAUGGGGCGAGCUGCAUCAACGUCGCAGCGUUCGCCAGGAGAACACAGUACUAAUGCUUCAGCUUCGACGCGAGUUAACGAUCACCACCGACCAUCACAAGCUACACCUGUGCCAGCAUGUUCCCUAAACAAUCAAAGCACCGAUACCUCGGCUCCAACGGGUGCCGUCAUACAACAAACUUACGAACGAACGCCACCAGCAGCAUCAAUACCACCACCUUCUCUAGGGGAACAAAAAGUCAUUGUUUCAACCGCGGCAAAUGUCACUAAGACUAAGGAUCUUAAAGAGCCGUCACCAGCAGCAUCACAGCCACAGCAACGAACUGAAGCUUUCGCCAACGAUCUUUCGCGAUUCUCACUCAAGUAAUAAUACAUUUUAAACGUCUUCGGAAGAAGGAGCAGUUGACAAGGAACAGGAGUAAAUUUUAACUUGAAGCUUCAUGUAUAGCUCUGUAUAUCAAGCAUGUUCUUUACGGGAAGAUGCUGAUAAAUUACUCGCAAGAUUCGAUUUACUUUGUGAUAUACACCGAGCUCAUAAGCAAGAGAUUCGUGCAGAAGAACUUGAACGUCAUCUCCACGAAAUUCG